AAUAAAAGAAUUAAAAAGACAUAAAUGAAUAUAUAUAUGUGUAAUGCAGCAAAUCUACAAAAUAUAACAAUAGAAAAUACAAGCAUAAUUACAAAGCGGAUAAUAUUUAAUUGUCAACAUGGCGGAUAGUGAUUUUCUCAUUACAAUUUCAGGUCCCGCUUUGUCAUUAUUGUUUUACGAAAAUGUUCGUAGUAGCGGGGAUCAGAUGGGCUUUUUACUAGGAGAAACACUUGAAUUUCAUAUAAAAACAUAUACAGAUUUAGAUAAUCAAGUAGAAACAGUAAAAAUAUAUAAUAACAUUGAAGCUGUUGUAACUUGUCCAUUGCCUCAUACUUUACAUAAUUCUCUUGGCAAAAUUAAUAAAGAGAAGUUAAAGGAUUUUUUACGUGACAAGAGUAAACAAGUGAUAGGUUGGUUUCAUUUCAGGCGAGAUGUAAGCUUGGUGCCUACAUUCAGGGAUAAAUUAUUACAUAAAGAAUUUGCUUCGUAUUUUUGUAAUGACAAUGGUUCUAAAAAUGAGUUUUUUGUUACUUGUUUGUUAAGUUCUUCAACAAGUAAUGAAGGGGGAACUUAUAAAUUCAAACAUGUCUUCUUAAGACAUAAAAGAGGAAUAUUUGAACCAGUUCCUUUACGGAUAAGUAAUUUAGGAAGUAAUUCAUUUGCACAUGAAGGUUCAGAUUAUAAACCUACUCCUACUAAAAAAUCAUCUGAUGUUCCAGAUAUAUUUACUAAAUUUAUAGAAUCAUUAAAUUUGGAUUUAACAAAGACAUCUGCAGUUGAAUCUGCUAUCAGUAUACAAAAAGCAGCUGAGCAACAUUUGAGUCAAUUAAUACCAGAAUUAUGUAAAUCUGAUCUUGAAGUAGCAGAGCUUGAAAAACAGGUUAAGGAAUUUAUGUUUAGCAAAAAAGCAAAAGUUAAUGGUAGUCAAACUUAUGAAGUUAAAAAAGAUGAAAUUAAUGAAGGAAAACUAAAAUCAGAAUCUUCAGAUGAAUCUUCAGAUGAUACUUAUCAGGAAUGUCGAACCAGGAAUGUAGAUCCAGGAAUGUUCAAGGAACAUUCUAUUGCAACUAGUCAAAGUACUCAUAAACUUAGAAAUACAAUGUAUAUUGAAAAGAAUAUUAAUCAGAAUAAAUUAAGAAAAUCAUCUACCACAAGCAUAAUAAAUAGUCCGAAUCAGGAACCAUCAUCACUUCUAAAUUCAGAAAUGACAGAAAAUAUAUUUAGUAAAAGCAAACGUCUUUCUAAUAUAGAAUCAGAAAUUGUAAAAGAAUCAAUUUGUAAAAGUGAUACAAAUAUGAGUGGUGUUGGAAGAGGUAGAGGCAAAUCAAUGCAAGGUUAUUCAGGAUUAAAAAAAGCUAAAAGGACUUCAGGCUCAGAAUCAUCUGAGACAAACAGUGUACAAAAUACUUCUUUGCAAACAUCUUAUAGUCAAGUAACGAAGAAAAAGGUAGACAAUGUUCGUAAAUUGGAUGUAACAGAUAACCAUUAAAUAAAAGUGGUUCUUAUAUCUUUAGUUCACUUCAAAAGCUUUAUAACAACAUAUUUAAAUUUUGGAACAUUUCCUG